AUGCAAAAAGAACCCGGCAUAUUCAUUGUGUUAAAUCUCAGUCGGCAUGGGACAUUGACGAGAGCUGUCGAUUCUUCUACCGAUCCUGGCUUCACCCGCGUCAAGUCUCAGAGAGCCUUUGGCACUUAUGCGGGCGUUAGUGAAAUGACGAUCCAACUGGGUGAGCUGACGGUCAAGCUAUCCUGCCCCGACUAUUCGAGUUACCGUUACGGUUUUGAAGACCAUUGGUCUAAGCUCUACGCCGAGCUCUCGGCGCAAGUCCCGACCCUCAACAACUUGGCCUUAAGCGCCGGUCCGAGUUCUACGCACAAUUCGAUAGAGUACUACCUCAACGGCAGAAUCGGAGACGGAGAUGGUGGCUGUGUAUACCGCGCAGUUAAUCGGGUUACGGGAGAUGUUUACGCGGUAAAACGAUACUGGAGCAGCAAAGAUGUGAGGAAAGAGGUUGCCCUACUUUCGCGGAUUCAACAUGAACACAUUGUUGAGUUUCACUCUUACAGCGAAGCAACAAAUGAGCUCGUCUUGGAAUACGUUUGCGGCCUGACCCUUCGCAUGGAACAUGCAAAAAUGCGAUUCAACAUGCUUGAGCUGAAGCUCUUUUCGAAGCAAGCUCUUGACGCCCUGUCGUACUUGCAUGAGAAGCAUGAAAACUUACGUUGGAACGCGUCGUUAUAUUGCGCCUGA